AUGGCCUCCAACAACAUGCCAACAUUGAGUGUUUCCACAAACGAGCUUGAAGCCUUAUUCGCUAAAGUUAGAAAUACACAAAAACAAAUUAAAAACAAAAUAUAUCGGCUUAAAGAUGAUAUAGAAAAAUCUUUCAUGGAGAUCAAAAGUAUUAUUGAAGACAACUCCAACAAACUUAUAUCUGCUUUUUCCAAAAGUCGUAAAAGAAAACUUGUUGAUCAUAACAUAGGAACCAAUUUUGUUGAUAUUGAGAAAGACUUUGAAUUAAUGUUUGACCAAUUUGAGUCGUCAGUGACUUAUAUUGAUAAUUUGAUGACAUUGAGUGAUUUGACUAAUAAAAUGACCAAAGAGCAGAAUGGUCGAAGUAGAGAUGGUUGGAUUGGUCGACGUGUACCUCAGUUUUUACAAAAACUGUAUGCCAUUGUAGAGAAAGAAGAAAACAAUUAUUUUGUUUCAUGGAACCUCCCUAAUCGUGAUAGUUUCAUCAUUCGAGACAUUAACGAGUUCGCGACUCAAAUUCUUCCAAAGUAUUUCAAUCAUGCAAACUUUAGUAGCUUCAACACACAACUCAACAUAUAUGGUUUUAGCAAGAUCAGUUGGGAACGUUAUGAAUAUGCGAAUGAAUGGUUUCAAGGAGGAAGAUACGAUUUGUUAGUGAAUAUUAAGAGAAGAGAGAAAAAUCCACUAUUGACUCGUUCAACUAUAAAGUUUUCUUUACUACAAGUAAAAAUGUUCAAGGACCAAUUGAAAACUAUAGAACAAGAGCAAGAGAACAAGAUCACUUGUCUCUCAAACUAUGAAGAACAAAUGAAAAGUUUAGUACAUGAGUCUAAGGAAAAAGUCAUCAACAUGGCAAACAUUGUCAAUAAAAUGAUACUAACAAACAACCAAUACAUUGAAAACAUUAAGAGACCAAAAAUGGACAUUGAAGACAACGUUAUAGGAAAAACAAAAGGACAUGAUCAGGAUGUUGAUGAAUCGGACAUGACAUCAAUUAAUAAGGUUGAAGCACCAACUUAUCUUCUAGAUCUGGAUAUUGAAGACACUUGGUUUCUAUAA